GACCGUAACCAUCUGGUUAUGGUGAAAAUUAUCACCCCUGGAUCCGGACACAGAACAUCUGGAGAGCACAACCCAGGGAGCCUUUAAGGCGGAGGAAGCAUUGAGAAGUUCCGCAGAGUUUGACUUCAGGAUGAGCUCAGCACAUGUUCUGCAGGCUCUGUGUCUGCUGAUGGUUUUCUCCACAGCCAGCGCUCAGCACGGCUACAUGCAUGAUACCGGUGAGGAGUGGGUGAAUACCUGGCGCCAGGGCUUCAACUUUCAGUGUCCCCAUGGUGAGGUCUUAGUGGCAAUCAGGAGUUACUUCAGUGAGAAGGAAGGCUCGGACCGCCUGUGGAACUUUGAGUGCCAGAGAACUCCCUAUGACUGGGGAGAGCCCAACGAAUGCUGGUGGGACGAUAUCAACAGAGCCGGGUUGGAAUGGUCCUCAGUUUGCACUAACAAUGGGCUGGUUGCUGGUGUACAAAGUAAGUAUUUUGAAGCAGUUCUGGAUCGAGAAUGGCAAUUCUACUGCUGUCGAUAUGCCCGCAGGUGCCCAUAUUCGCUGCUGAAGACGAAUGAUGUUCCAGAGUACCAUAGAGAAGAGGGGGAGAUGGUAGUCCCCAGUUACGGCUACUUCAUAAGGGGGGCUCAAACAACUUUCAGUGGUGUACUGAGGGAUCGGCAGUGGAAGUAUAUCUUGUGCCGAAUGACAGACUUUGAUUGUCAGUUUGAAAACUUCUAGACUGCAUUCAUCACUUAAUGUUCUUAUCAACACAUCUAUGCUAAAAGAGCACAUGCACGUCACAGAAGCACUUAUAAAAGCUUUCACUGAAAACAUACAACAUUCUCCAUAUUUUUUAUUAGUGUCACAGCUUAGAAACAUUUGAUUUGCUCUGUAUAAGCCUGCAUGGAUUAUUAUGGUCUCAUAUUUUGCAGUAAUUUCUGUUAUUUCCAUGUUAACAAAUAUUUUGUAAUCAUUUUUAAAAUAUAAAUGUCAAAAAGGAACAAAACAGUUUUUUUUUUUUUUUUUUUUUUUUUUUUUUCGUUUUUACAAAUUUGACUAUGAUCUCCAAUGCCUUCUUGAAUGGUUGUUUAAAAAGUUCAAAAUAUUCCUUUUGGUGUAUUUUUUGGUUUUAUUUUUAAUGUAAGUCUCAAAUACUCAGAUGGAGUAACAAAACAUACUGAACUUUUUGGAAAAAUGGGCAGAACUAAUAAAGCAAAGGUUUCUCCCACA